GCCGGUGGCGUCACGCGCGGGGCUGUGACGUCAGGCGGCGGAGGCGCGAUGCGCGUGCUGUCCCUCGGGCGGUGGCUCCGCGCCGGGAGGGUCCCCCCGCGGGGCCCGGCGAGCCGGAACAGCGGGCACCGGCACAGCGGGCACCGGCCACAGGCACCGCCGCAGGGACCGGCCCAGGUACCACCCCAGCAGAAAGUGUCGGUGGAAGUGCUGGAGCACUUGGAGCAGCUGGCCCUGGUGGAUUUCCGGGAUUUGGAGGGCGUGGAGCGGCUGCAGAAAGCGAUCCAGUUUGCUGAUCAGCUUCAUGAAGUAAACACUGAUGGCGUGGAACCGAUGGAUUCAGUGCUGGAGGACAGGUGUCUGUAUCUCAGAGAAGAUGAUGUGACAGAAGGCAGCUGCACCAAAGAGCUGCUGGAAAAUGCCAGAGAGACAGUAGAGGAGUAUUUCGUAGCUCCACCAGGUAACAUCCCUUUAGUAAAGCUGAAAGAACAAAAGACUUAUCUGCAGGGCUCUAAGUGACAGCCCAGAGCCCAAAUGCCCUUUCAGUAUUUUAUUUGGGGAAAACAAAAAUUUUGUGCAGUCACGGCUGAAACAUCCUGGCAUGGAUUUUGGUCAAAAGAGAAGCACUUGCAAGACAGAAGAAAGAAGGUGUAAAAGUUUAGUAGUGCUGCUGAAACAUUCAAUGUCUGAAGCUGGAUGGCAGCAUGGCAGAUGACCUUGGUGUUUUUAUUUGGCAAAGUGAAUUUGCUGUCUGGAGGUGAGAGCAAACCCUUGUCCCACUCUUAAUUGUGCAAUUACUUUAAUAUUUGUUUAAGCAUCCAUAAUAUACUAUACAUAGUUGCAUAAAACAUGUAAUUACUGUGAUACUUGAAUUCUUUCAAGGGUAUUGAAAUCAAGCCUGUAUUUAACACCACUAAUCCAAUCCUCUGCAAAACUGUAACACUGUAUUAUUUCUUUAGUCUCAGACUUGUCAAGAUUCAGACCCUGCAAAUGCUGAAGUUUUACAAAUAUACGAGCUAGCCUAUAAGUAAUUUAUGAUGUGUAUAUAAAUCAUAACAAGGAAAGACUUCAAAGUAUCAAUCAAUCAAUCAGAUUAAUACCACGAUCAUAAUAUCACGUAAUGGCCAUUUUGAGAAGUCCUCCCUUGAUCUAUCCAUUUUGGCCUCCUCUUUGACCAUCAGAGAGAAUGGGGACAAUAUUAUUUACACAGAAAAAGGAAGAGGAAUUUGAGAGGGGACUGCUUGGCUGCAGGAGCUUUUAUCCCAAAAUAGCAUCAAACAACUAUUUAAAGGCAACACCUAAACCAACAAAUUGGACAAGAUGAUCCCACAUUCCCAAUGCAGCUAAACUUAAAACUGCCAGUUCAGUGCUGCUCCCACACACUCCAGUGAGAGAACAGACUGCCUGGUGCUUGUUCCCUGCAGCCCAAACUGCAUUUAAAGUGGAAAACACACAUCUCCUUAAUGAAGGAGUUUGAUGCAACUUCACCACAAAUAAGGGAAUUACAACCUUGACUCAAGACACCUGCAACCACCAAAAAAAAAAAGCUCACCGAGGGCAGAUGAGCUGCCUGUGGGGCAGGGUGUGCCAGUGCCUCAGUGGAUCUAACACUGGUGGUGCUGAGCCCCACUGGGCCCUGUCUGCACUUUGAGAGAGGGAGAGACACCACUCAUGUGCUAGCUCACCUGUAUUCACUGCAGGACUCAGUAAAUAGAUUCAGUUUCUCUGGACACCAUGGAAAUAACCUCACAUUUUUCCACCAUCACAAACCUGUGGAUAUAAAAUUGUAUUGGAAGCCCUCACAUAUAAAUCCCAGGUUUACAAAGAGAAUUUCAAUGUGGAGAUUUCUUCACUUUUAUGGAAAGAAAAUGGAAGUUGUUUUAGUGCUGUUAAUGAUUACUUUAUGUUUUGGAAUUAACUAGGAGCCCCAGGAAAAAUCUCUGUUAAUACAGUGACAGGUUGUGCAAUACAGAGUAAAAAACUACCUCACAAAAAGUGCUUACAGCCUAACCUCCAAGUGGGAGAGGAAUCUCAUGAGAUGCCUUAUCCAUUACCCAGUUUUCUUCAGCACCUCCUCUACCCCAGCUAUCAUCUGUGCUUAUUUGUUCUGCCUUUCCCUGCAGCUCUGUCCUGAAGGAAACUGCACUUUUAUAUUCUUGAUUAACAAGUUAGGACUUUAA